GCUUUUCACCAGGGGUCCUUCGAGGCACCGCUAGUGCUCGUUAGCUAGUGUGAGCAGCUAGCAUGCUACGUACGCAGUCAGUAGCCGAGCCGGAGUUGGUGCUGACGGUCGCUCUCUGGUGAGAACGAGCCCCAAAACAUGUCAGUGUCCUGGGAUGACCUGACAACCGUGACCUCUGACCUCUCCUCCUCUAAGGUCGGGUUCUGACCUGCCCUCACAUAGAGAGACCCGUCUCACAGGCGCCAUGUACUGCCUCCAGUGGCUGCUCCCCGUGCUGCUCAUCCCCAAGCCGCUGAACCCGGCGCUGUGGUUUAACCACUCCAUGUUCAUGGGCUUCUACCUGCUGAGCUUCCUGCUGGAGAGGAAGCCCUGCACCAUCUGCGCCCUCGUCUUCCUCGCCGCGCUCUUCCUCAUCUGCUACAGCUGCUGGGGCAACUGCUUCCUGUACCACUGCCAGGACACUGCGCUGCCGCACGCCGCCCACGACCCGGCCAUCGUGGGGACCUAGGAGUGCAGAGGGGGGUUCUUCUGACAUGGUGAGGUGGAGGGAGGGAUCAUGGAGGAUCAGGGCGGCUGUUCUGGAAUGCUGGGAAUAACGAGUAGGCCAGGAGACGGUGUAAAUGUAUCAUGGAGCAGCAGGAGGAGGAAGUCCCGCCCCGCGCUGGGACUUUGCGGCGUCCCCACAUCCUGUCGCCGCAUGUGGCAGGUAUCUGCGGUGAGCGCCGCGUUUCCUUCACAAAGACAAACUGCUGGAGGCCAUGUUUGUUUCCGGUCAUCAUGGCGGUACCGUUGACUUGCUUUGUUCUCCGUUGGUGUCACAGCAGCCUCUGGACAAUCAUUGGCCAUGCUCGUCACAUGGCGUGUUACCCACAAUGCCCCUCUCUGUUCCUCUUGGCUGGUUUUUGUUGGUUUGUUUUUCCUCUGCAUGGGUUGCUGUUCUCUUUUUUUUUUUUUUUCAAUGUUCACAAACACAUUUUAAUUAAUUCAAAGGAAAUUGUGUGUACUGCUGCAUCAUUGCUCUGGUUUUAAUUUAAAUAAAUAUUUCUCUCAACUUGUUA